CAGCACAUUACGCAGCCAAACAGCAGAGAAGAUAAAAGCGCCGGAUCAAAUAACGCAAAGAAGGGUCUUGUUAGAAGCGGCGUGUCUGACUCCACUAACACCUACAAACGAGAUAAAGAAGGAAGGUAGCAGAAGUUGUUCUGUUUUCAACAAGCUGUGAAAUUUGGCGGGUGAUUGAUCAAAUAGAAAAGCUACACGUUGAAAUGGCAGAUCGCGGAGACGGAGCUGAAGCCUUUGAUGAUGCGGUUGAAGAACGGGUCAUUAAUGAAGAGUACAAGAUAUGGAAGAAGAAUACACCUUUUCUGUACGACCUUGUAAUGACUCAUGCGCUGGAAUGGCCGUCAUUGACUGCUCAAUGGUUGCCGGAUGUGACUAAACCGGAAGGCAAGGAUUACUCCGUCCAUAGACUGAUUUUAGGUACGCAUACCUCUGAUGAACAGAAUCAUCUGCUGAUUGCUAGUGUGCAGCUGCCAAACGAAGAUGCCCAAUUCGAUGCCAGUCAUUAUGACAACGAAAAGGGUGAGUUUGGCGGAUUUGGAUCAGUCUCCGGGAAAAUUGAAAUAGAAAUCAAGAUUAACCACGAAGGAGAAGUAAAUAGGGCCAGAUACAUGCCGCAGAAUCCUUGUGUGAUUGCUACUAAAACGCCGUCUAGUGAUGUCCUCGUGUUUGACUACACUAAACAUCCCAGCAAACCUGAACCUAGUGGAGAAUGUCAUCCAGAUUUGCGUCUUAGAGGACACCAGAAAGAAGGCUACGGCUUGUCAUGGAAUCCAAACCUUAAUGGGUAUUUGUUGUCUGCCAGCGAUGAUCAUACUAUUUGCUUGUGGGAUAUCAACGCUACUCCAAAAGAACAUCGAAUAAUCGAUGCGAAAAACAUUUUCACUGGACAUACUGCUGUUGUUGAAGAUGUCGCAUGGCAUUUAUUGCACGAAUCCUUAUUUGGUUCUGUGGCGGAUGACCAGAAGCUUAUGAUUUGGGAUACUCGUUGUAAUAACACUUCGAAACCAUCGCACACGGUCGAUGCUCACACAGCCGAGGUCAAUUGUCUUAGCUUCAAUCCUUACUCUGAGUUUAUCCUGGCUACGGGUUCAGCAGAUAAAACAGUCGCGUUGUGGGACCUUCGCAACCUGAAACUUAAAUUGCAUUCAUUCGAGUCGCACAAGGACGAAAUUUUCCAGGUUCAGUGGUCGCCACAUAAUGAUACCAUUUUAGCAUCAUCGGGUACAGACCGCCGUUUACACGUAUGGGAUUUAUCCAAAAUUGGUGAGGAACAGAGCGCUGAGGAUACAGAAGAUGGUCCACCUGAAUUGUUGUUCAUUCAUGGUGGACAUACAGCUAAAAUUUCGGAUUUCUCGUGGAACCCGAAUGAGCCGUGGGUCAUCUGCUCAGUUUCAGAGGAUAACAUUAUGCAAGUGUGGCAAAUGGCUGAAAACAUCUAUAAUGACGAAGAACCAGAUGUACCAGCCAGUGAAAUUGAAGCUGGCGCACCUUAAAAAUUUCAAAUAUAGAUAUUAAGGUAACAUCGUACACAGUUUUUGUUUAUUUUUCAACAUUCACAUUUAGACUACUACAAUCACAACAUUAUUCCAAACAUGAAGUGCACGCUAAAUAAUCAAGAAAGUAUACUUAAUCUGCUAAAUCCCAGAUCUUCUUUUAAAAUCGCCACCUGUAAAGCUAUGCUGAUGCACAAAUUCCAGAAAUAAAGUUUAUUUCCUUAUAAUGACGUGAUUAUUAGA